AAAAAAGUGGACUAUAUUGCCGGAAGUUGGUCCAUUCCAAAAUCCAUUAUUAUUAAAAGAGAGUAAUCAAGAUGAAAAUGGCAAACGAACCAAUACCAGUUAUACGAAGGAACAGACCGGGGACAAAAGCAAAGGUUUGAUAAUUUUUACCAUUUGUUUGAAACACCCCCAGUCUCAUAUACAGUCAGUCAUUCGGUUAAUUAAUGAUGGUAAUUCCUGUCGGUGACCCAGGAUGCUUGCACCCCCUCCGACGAGGCCUCCCCCCUCCUCAAUGAUGCUACGGUUCGACACUUAACUAUCAAUAAUAUCUUUAGGACGGGUCUAUAUAUUAUAAUUUGUCUCCUCUAACCCUAUGCAUAUGACUACUAUGAGUUUAUUAAGUAUUAGGGAGCUACUUGUAAAUGAAAUAAUGAUUUAGUCUUAUACUUAUAAUAUAUACUUAUAGUUAUAAGUUAUAUUUAGUCAUACAACCAUCCACACCCCUCCCCCCCCCCCCCCCAUGUUCCCUCUAAGGUUUGUUGGUUUGUGUGCAAAAUCAUACAGUUGUGUGCAAAAUUUUACAGCCCACAAACACAAACUUACAUGGAAAUUUGCUGCGCGGAUACUAAAAACUGCUGCGCGGAUACUAAAAACUGCUGCGCGUCGUCUGUGAGAUAGCGGCGCAACCGCGCAGCUUAAAGGGAACAAAUCCCCCCCUUUUUAUUUUUGGUCUCAACGCAAAGCUCAUCUCUAUCACCCCCUGCCCAUAAAUUUGAUACAUUUGCAUUAGGAUAAUAUUGAUAGGGCCAGGGGCAUUGGCAUUAGUGCAAGUAUAGUAGGUAAUGAUUCAUAAUUUACUGAGUUAUGCUUUCAGUUUGAGUAUUGUAAAGUAUACUCACAAAGACUGAUAGUAGUGAUAGACAAACUUAUUAAAUGAUUGGCAGUGUUGCCAUUGGGGAGUUAGAAAAAAUGAAAUAUGAUAUUUUCCGAAGCCUGAUAAUGAUAAAAUUUAAAAUGAAGAUAUUGAUUUAUUGAAAGUGUACUGAUAUUUUAUUCAGCUUUGACCUUUGAAAAAUUUACUUUUCCAUGAAUAUCAAAAUCAAGGAUUCAAGGCCAUUGGACUAUUAAUUUAUUGUUUUCUUCCUUAAUUUUUAUGAAACCAGGAUUAAGUCUAUCCAAAUGCAAACAAAACUCACUAGACAAGUUCAUAGAGUGUAAAGUUUUUAUUACUAUUUUUUAAAGCAAGUUUUGCAGUGUACAAAAAAUGUCCCUUCAUUAAAUCCUAGUUGGUUCAAAACUAAUUUUUUGUAAAAGAUUUAUUUAACUGUGAUGACAGAAGUUGUUCAUAAGAUGUUUGAGGUAUUCUCAGUUGCAAAGGACAUGUCGUUAAAACUAAUAUGAAACUUUGUGGAGGCUGGUACAUCUAAUACCAGCAAUUUUAUUUAACUUCAUAGUAGUGUAUAUAUAUGAUAUUUGUGUGUAAUGCAAUUCAAAUAUAUAUAUAUAUAUAUAUAUAUAUAUAUAUUGGUGCAACAGGAUUGGUGCAAUUGGGAAGAUGAAUCAUUUGAAGAAAUGGACAGUACUUUGGCAGUUCAACAGGUAAAACAAUACCUAACCCAUUCAUUGUUUAAUAGUUUUUGAUAUCAUUUAUAUUUUAGUAAAGAGAGAAUAGUAACUAAAACAUUUUUAUCAUCAUUCACAACCUGAGUUUGUAAAAAAAAACAUAAAAAAACAAAAACUUUCGCUGUAAUAUUGUGAGCCAUUUUAAACAAUUAUAACAUAAAUUUUAUACAAAUGUGCUUAUGCUAUUCAUGUUGCUGACUAAUCCCUCAUGUUAAUGUGACAGUUCAUUCAACAAGCCAUUAGAAAAGACUUCACUAAUGUAGAAGAAAUUCUAAAUCCACCUGAUGGUCAAGAUGAAGGUGUUUGGAAAUAUGAACACCUUCGGUAAGUAUUCAGUUUCAUAACGAUGUCAGUCUUUCCAAAUAUUUAUUGUAAAAUUUGACUAACAAGUUAAUUAAUUUUUAAAUAUUUGCGUAUAAAAUUUGUGUGCACUCUUUGCUGUAUUAAUUUAAAUUUAAACUUAUUUAAAAGAAAAUUUUAACUUUCUCAAAAUUUAUUUCAUCAGACAGUUUUGUAUGGAGUUGAAUGGAUUAGCAGUUAAACUUCAAGUAAGUAACUUGAUUAGACAAUAAAAUUUCCUCUUAAAAUUUUUUUUUUAUUAGGGUUUGGAGCUAUGAGAAAUCAUUAAGUUAAGACAAGAUAAGAUACUUUUAUUGAUCCUUGAACCAAUGUUUUGAUUACAUUGUAAAGAUUUAUUUUCUGCUUAUUGAAGAAAAAAAAACAUUAAAAAAAGAAACACUCUGAUCAUCUUAGCAAUAUUAAAGUUAAAGAUUUCACACAAAAAUUGCAAUGGUAUUUGUGUGAUAUUUUUUAUUUUCUUGAUAAGUCUCUUUAAUAAGUGUGAUGACUUCACACUCCAGACAGAGUAAUUAUUAGAAUAAUAUUGAGUGUGUCAACACAUAACAUGACAAACUCCUCAACGUUGGGAUAUUAAAAGCUAGCUCUAUCUUUUUCAGAAAUAUCUCAUUUCAGAAAUACCAUUUCUUAAGCUUAAUUGGCUAACACUAGUAUUAGAGUAAGAUUUAAGCAUCUAUUGUUUAUUUUAUUGAUUCAGAAAAUAUAAAAAGGUCUUUUAUUUCAAACUUGCAGGUUGAAUGUAAUCCUGAAACAUGCACCCAAAUGACAGCUACGGAACAAUGGAUAUUUCUUUGUGCAGCCCAUAAAACGCCUAAAGAGGUAAACAAUAACAAUGUUUCAUCAUGUUUAUUCUUAGUUAUAUAAUAAUUACUUAAAAAUUAGUUUAAUUUAAACAUAUACCAAACAAUUUGAUUUAAAAUUAAAAUAAAUAAUCAUCCUACAUUUGUUAUGUUGAAAAUUUCAAUGAAAAAUAAAAUUCUUUUCCUGUAAUUUUAGAGUUCAAUGUUAUCAUUUGUGUAAAUAUUUUUGACAUACAGUGUCCAGCUAUUGAUUAUACAAGACAUACAUUGGAUGGAGCAGCAUGCCUGCUCAAUAGUAAUAAAUAUUUUCCUAGCAGGUUUGUUUUUAAAUUUUAAUCAUCCUUAAUAAGAAAAUUUCUGAGAUAUUGAAAUAAUUUUAGAAAUCAUUAUGAACAUACUUUAACAAACUUUUGCAGCAAAAUCAUACCAAUUCUAUCUUAAAACAAGUGAAGAACUUGAUUUGGUAAACAAUUCUAUAACUCCCAUAUUUUGGAAAUGAUAGCUUUUAUUGUAGUAAUAAAAUGAACAAUGUAGUAAAUUAACCUUGUAAAGCAGGCCUGCACAACAUACGGCCUGCCAGCACCCACUUUGCAGCCCACGAAGUAACGAAAUUUUCUUGAUUAUUAUUAUUUUCUUAAUAGCUUUCCCCCUGUCCUAUUUUCUUUCGGCCCGCUAAAGUUUCUCAUAAAGUAUUAUGGCCUGCCUUACAUUCUGAGUUGUGCUGGCCUGAUGUCAAGGAUGCUUGAAAAAAUAUGUUUUUAUUUUAAAUAUAAUGUACAUUUACUGUUAGCUUUUAAAAUUACUUUCUUAUAUCAAUUAAUUUACUUUCAUUAGUAUGUAUAAGUUAUGCAUUUACCAGGAGAUGCCAUCUUUUUUCUUCAGAGUGAGCAUAAAGGACUCAUCUGUAGCUAAACUAGGAUCUGUAUGUCGACGUGUCUAUAGGAUAUUUUCUCAUGCUUAUUUCCAUCAUAGGACGUUGUUUGACCAAUAUGAGGUACCUAAUAAAUAUUGCUUUACAUUAUAUAUAUAAGCAUUCAUUGUGGAGGUGAGAGUAUCAUUUAAUCUACCGGUAUUUAUUCCUUAAUCCAGUGCUAUAUCAUUUAGUAACAUCUGUACAAUUUCACAUUUUAUUGAUAAAUAAAAUGAUAAUUACUGUUCUGUAAUAAGCUGUCAUAGCAAUAUUAACUAUCAAGUUAAAUGCUAAAUUAAGCAAAUGUUUCUGAAUUGGCAACAUAUGUAUAUAUAUUCAUUUAUUCUUCCAGAAUGAAACAUAUCUGUGUAGGCGCUUUACCCAGUUUGUCACAAAAUAUAAUCUCAUGUCAAAAGACAAUCUCAUUGUACCAAUUAUGGAGGAUCAACAAACUCUAGAAGGAGAAAGUGAGGCAUAAAGCUAAAGGUUUCCUUUCUAGAAUUAUAAAUAUAGCAAUGGUUUUUAUUACAAGAUGGAAGAAGUGGAUCAAUUCAAAAUCAGUUGUUCAAUGAUAACGGAUCUUGAUUAUGUAUCAAUUGAAAGCUAUAGCUAAUUAAAUGUGAUGCAUCUGCAUAGAUGUCUUGACACUUCAGUUUGGUAUAUACCCAAAAGAGAGAGAUCUGUUGUCUUUUUGCUUUGUUAAUUGUGCAUGUUAUUUUUAAUGAUUAAACAUUACUUUUAUAUUCAAAUAAAUGCCCCCCCUCCACACCCAUUAAUAACUCACCAUUAUUUAUAGUAAUAGUAUUACUUCUUGAAACCUGGUCAUGGCUAAAUGGCCCAAAUGAAAUAAAAUUGCGUGUCAACCACAUAAAAGUUGUGGAAAAAAAAUCAGUAAAUACAGACAGGUCUGUAAAUUAAAGAAAAUGAUCAUUUAUGCUGUACAAAUAAAUUUUUACUUUAGUGCAAUUUGUAUAAUAUUUAAAUGUGUGUGUAAGUGUAUUAGAUGAGAAAGUAGUAAUGGAUGUUGAUGAGAUUUGAAAGGUGGACCACAUUGAGGGGACAAAUUGUGUUUAACCCUUUACUCCCAAUGUUAGCAUUAUGUGAGUGUAGUAUUAAAAUAUAAAUUUUAUAUUUCAAGGAGUGACUGAUCACUCAAGUGUGGAUUCAAAUUUGAUGUUUUUUUGUUGUAGUUUCCUAGGUUUUCUAAAAAUAUAAAACAAUUAUCAGAUUUUGAAAAGUGAUAAACUGGUUGGCAAACGUAUUGUGAAAUGAAAGAGCUAAACCAAUACUAGGCUGCACUUCCUUACAGAUUAAACAAUUAUUGAAAUAUGACUAAAAGGUAUGAUAAAAGCAUUUAUAUCAAUAAUGCAACUGAUAAAUAUUUUGUAUAUUUUUUUGUAUGCUGAAAUUCCAAUACUUGUAUUUUAAAUUGCAUACAAUUACAUGUAAAUGUAACUAAAUAAAUGACUAGUUAUUCAAUUUUUCUUUGUUUUUAAUUUCAAGAUAAUGGAA